UUUGGUAGUUUGUUUUUACUAAGUCAACCAUCCCUUUCAUAGUAGUUCUUGAAAAUGAUUAUAUCCUCUGCCUUUUCCCCUUAGAUGAUCUCAAAGCCCUUCUUUCAGAUUCCAAAGCAACACAGGUUGUGUUUGGCACUCAUCAUCUAUUCAGAGUAUAAUAAGGUAAGAGGAAGAAGACAUGAAACAGAGCACAUGCGACUAUUGUGGGGACUUCACUGCUCUUCUAUAUUGCAGAGCAGAUUCUGCAAAGUUAUGUUUCUUCUGUGACCGCAAAGUCCACUUUCCCAACCAGAUUUUCUCCAAGCACUCCCGCACACAGCUCUGUGAUGGCUGUGCCGAUUCCCCUGCAUCGGUGCUCUGUUAUACAGAGAACUCUGUUUUCUGCCACCACUGUGACUGCCAAAACCAUAACAACCACUUGCUGUCUCGGCAACACCAACGAAGAUCCCUUCAGGGGUUCUCUGGCUGCCCUUCUGUCACUCAGAUGUUAAUGUUUUUGGGUCUUACCGAAGAAUCUCUCCUUUCAACUGAGGGAGGAAGUUCCCAUCACGACGGCCUUUCCAAUUUGCACGUGUGGAAUGCUCCUUCUGUUUUUGGUCCUGAAGAUUUCAUUUCUUCCUCUUCUUCUUAUAAGAAUCGUAAGGGUGCGUGCGGGAGACAGAGAGAAGAAAUUGUGAGUCAGCUCGGAGAACUAAUAAAGUUGGAGGCUGACUUGAUUGGUGGAGAAGUAGAUGCUGCUGAACCACAAAAGCAAUUUGAAAAUUUGUCUACGGGUUUUGAACGUGACACAGAGACUAAUAUGUUUCCUUCAUAUGAGGCAGGUGUGUUUUGUUGGCAUGGAGAAAGCAGUGAUCGUGCAAAUCAAAUUGUUCCUUCUGAUAAUUCGGUGAGUGAUUAUAGUAAGAAGCAAGGACAACCAUCAAAUUAUUUAAAGCCUCCUAAAGAGUUAACAAGUCAUGAAAGAGAUUCGGCAUUAUUGCGUUACAGAGAGAAGAAGAAAACAAGAAGGUAUCACAAGCAAAUCAGAUACGAAUCACGAAAAGUUCGCGCAGAAAGCAGAAUGAGAAUUAAGGGUCGGUUUGUGAAAGAUGAAACACAAAAAUAAUAGUAAAUUAUUAUUACUAGUAGCUGAUUAGAGCUAACUGAUGUGCACCUAAGAAGACAAGUGGUGAGUACAAUAGAAAGAGACAGAAGAAAAAUAAGCCU